GUGGCUGUAGGUACACGCCCCCCUCCCCGUGACAGUGGGAACGAAUCAAAAUAAAUAAAUAAAAACAACACGGAAGUUAGGCACAACUCUAGUCAACACAAGAAAGGCCGAGACGGAAAAACGGAGAAGUCGUCUUCGGGAACCAGGCCUGCUAAGGAUGGAAGAUUGAAGUUGGAAGAGAGAAUGAAUCCGUUUUAAUUUAUGUAUUUAUUGUUCAUGUUCACUGACAUUUUAACGGCUGAUCUUCUACUACAAUGAGUGUCUCAUACAACCUAUGUAACCUCAUAGUGCUCUGCCUCAUAGCAGGCAGCAAUUUCAAACCCGCAUCCUCUUCUGCUCGAUGUGGUCAUGCCCCACAAAUACUGGACGGUAAGCAGGGGGAUAUCACAAGCUCGUCCUACCAUAACUGGUCCUACCGCUUCGGAUCCAUCUAUGACUGCUGGAUCAUCCAAGGGAACGAGGAUGAGCCCAUCAUUCUCAGCUUCUCCCAGUUCUCGACGCGCUGCAAGAAGGAAUGGGUGUCCCUGAAUUCGUCGUCGUCGGGCCGUGAGCCGGUGGUCCUCUGCGGCCCCACGUUGCCCGACCCCAUCGAGUUCCCCGGGGGUAACGUCACGGUGGUGCACCACUUCCUGCCCCACCUGUUUCCUGUGUCGUCCUUCCUGCUGAGCUACAGCAGAGACAGCGCCGAGUGCCCGCCGGCCUCCUUUGAGUGCGCCAGCGGCCGCUGCCUCCCCCUGUCCUGGCGCUGCAACGGCCGGGUGGAGUGUCUGGGGGAGGGGCUCGGCGCCGACGAGCGGGGCUGUGACGGGGAGGAGGAGGAGGAGGAGGAGGAGGAGAAGGACGCCAAAAGGACGACUACAGCCGGGAUGACUACCAGCCCUGGGCGGAGCCGAGGCCCGCCCACCCGCCCUCCGGCAGGCAGCCCAACGCCACCCGGCCCCCCCCCCCCCUCGGCGGCGGAGGACUGGCCCUGCGGGGGGGUCCUGCAGACCUUCUACGGGACCUUUGCCCCGCCUUUCAACCGCGGGGCCUCGAUGGUGUGCGUGUGGACCGUGGACCCCCAGGACCCUCGGCCCUUGAAGCUGGACCUCCAGCAGCUGGAGCUGGGCCCCAGGGACAGGCUGGCCAUCUACAACCGCCAGGAGGGCUCCGGAGAGGUCAUCAAAAUCGUGACCAGCAGCUCCAACUACAAGUCGGUGCAGGUGGAGUCGCGGACGGGCCUGCUGUCGCUCUCCUACCACGCCGCGGCCGGCUCCCCGGGCCGCGGCUUCAACGCCACCUUCCGCGUGGGCGGCUACUGCCCGCCGUGGGAGCAGCGCUGCGGGGGCUCGGCGGGGGGGUGCUUCACCCGCGAGCAGCGCUGCGACGGCCGCUGGGACUGCCCCGAGACGGGGCGCGACGAGGCGGGCUGCCGGGGCUGCGGCCGCGAGCAGUUUGCGUGCGGGGGCGGAGCCGGGCAGCGGACGGCGGUGCCGGUGUCGGUGGCGGGCCGCAUGAUGGGGCGUCCCGUGUGCUACCCGGCCGGGGAGAGGUGCAACUACCAGCUGUACUGCGCCGACGGCAGCGACGAGAGGGACUGCACCGUGUGCCAGCCCGGGACCUUCCACUGCGACAGCGACCGGUGUGUGUUUGAGAGCUGGCGCUGCGACGGCCAGGUGGACUGCAAGGACGGCACGGACGAGCUCAACUGCACCGUGGUCCUGCCCCGCAAGGUCAUCACCGCGGCGACCGUGGGCAGCCUGGUGUGCGGCCUGCUGCUGGUCAUCGCCAUGGCGUGCACCUGCAAGCUCUACUCCCUCCGGACCCGCGAGUACAGCAUGUUCGCUCCAAUCAGCCGCCAGGAGGCGGAGCUCAUCCAGCAGCAGGCCCCGCCCUCCUACGGUCAGCUGAUCGCCCAGGGCGUCAUCCCGCCAGUGGAGGACUUCCCUACAGAGAACCCCAAUGAGGCCACCUCCCUCUCCCUGCGGGGGAUCCUCCAGCUGCUGCGGCAGGACACGGCCGCCUCCCCCCGCCGUCGACGCCGCCCGCGCUUCGUCCGCCGCGCCGUCCGUCGCCUGAGGAGGUGGGGCUUCCUCCCGCGCACCCCCUCCAGGCCCGCCCACGCCGCCGGCUCCGCCUCCUCGGGUCAGCCGCCCCAGGCGGACGGCUCCUCCUCCUCCGCCGCCGGGGCCCCUCCCCCGGCGUCGACCACCGGCGUCUCCCUGGCGGUGGAGGCCGUCAACCAGCCCGUGCCGCACAAGCUGGGCCUGUUGGCGCAGGCCACGCCCACUUCCCCGGCCCAGGCCGACUCCCCGAUGUUCUCCGCCCCGUCCCCGCCGCCCCCUCCCUACGCCCCCCCGGCGCCCGACGCGGAGGCCCCCCGCACGCCCCCCCGCGGUGGCCAAGGCCCCGCCCCCGCGCCCAGCAGCCCCUCCCUGGCCUCCAUCUUCCAGUCGCUGGGCCAGAGAAUCUCGCUGUUCAGGCCCUCCCCGUCCUUCUCCUCGUCCUUCUCCUCAUCCAACUCCAUGCCUCUGUCGGCGUCGCCCUCCUUCUCCACCACCUCCUGCUCCUCCUCCUCCACCUCGGACGACGAGGUGCUGCUGAUCCCGCUGGCGGAGGACGCCGUCUCCGAGGACGACGUGCCCAUGCUGACGUGAACCGGCGCUUAGACGCUCGGUGGCGCCCCCUCCUGGUCACCUUGUUUUUAUUUUUAACUCUAUAAUCACGCUCACCUGACAAGCCACAAGCCAAUCAAAACCCAGCCAUUCCCUUCCCCCCACCGACCCCGCCCAACCCCGGGGUCUUCUACCACAGUAACGCCGGGACACCGGCCGCCCUGUUGAGUCUAUCUCUGUCUUCGUGUUUUUGGUUUCGAACUCAAGCGCAGGAUGCGGUGGCCACCAUGGGCAGGUCUAGUGCCUUUUUUAAAAAAAAAGAUUUUUUAUUUUUAAAAUGGCUUUGUGCUAGAUUCAGCGACACAUGACUUCUUGUAUCCGGGGACUAAGUCGACCUGUUUUUUUUUUUUGUUUUAAUCUCUAAAGUAUUUGUGUGGGAUAGAGUUUGCCUGGCUGACGUGUGAGAGGGAGCCUGUGUGUCUUGAGUUCUGCUUCGAAUGAGCGCUUAACCACGCCGGGCUGUUUUUUAGUUUAAAGAAAGUUGAAUUUUUUUUUUUUGCACAGAAUAAUAACAGACCCUAUUUGCUUGCUGUGGCUACUGUCAAAAUAAAUAUUAGUAGUCGUCAUUUUAGAAGACGCCAUACAUGGGUCUUUGUAUGACUAGUGAGGAAAUGCAUAUUUACAAACGCACGUGCAGUUUUGUGUUUGGGGAGGAUAUCUGUAGUCGUGGAGUAUGUUCAUAGAAUCGCUCCUGCUUAUUUCCGCAUCACCUUGUAUCAUGCUUCUGGUCAGAAAUCAAAGGAAAUCAAUAUUCCGUAAUUAAGUGCCUUUACCACAAACCUUUCCCCGGCAGCAAUCUGAGGGGACAACCGAAACAAUGGGGCACGACAAACAAUCUGUGCGCCCACAGAAACGGGAGCACAAUAGAUGUCGUACCCGCCACCACUCCACACAGCGCAAGGCCACGCCGGAAAAGAAAUCGACGCAUGUCUAUAUCGCUAUGGCUACUAGCAAUAAAAUGUUCCUGUUUUCUAGGUUCUGGCGGGCUGCUUCGCGUGCACCAUUGCGCACCGCGGCGCCGGUAGGAACCCUGCAAUCAAGAGCUUUUCUGUCAGAAUGUAUGCAUGUGGUUUUGGUCAGAGCUAGACUAGAAGUGUCAAAGGACUUCAGGAAGGUCUGGACAAAACGGCCGCCCGGCGACACCGAGGGUGGGGGAGUUUGAACGAGCCGCUACUUGAAUUGUCGACCCAGAAGAAGAGACGAUCGCUUCCCGUCAUGUUUUGGAUUCUACGAUGAUGACGAGUGAACCAACUUGUAAUGUGCCAUUUGUUCCUGGAAUCCAUUUUAAUUGUUUUCACCCCUCGUUUAAAUUUUUGGGCGAGUCGUCAGUUCUUAAAAUGUUGCUUUAAUGAAUGUAUCGGCCUCUGAGAGACGUACUAUUUGGACUGUUGUUUAAACUUGUAAUAUUGUAGGCCUAAGCCAGGACGUGAUGUUUAUGAAUCACUAGGGUCAAAUUCACUGUACAUAAGUAAAAUGUGGCUCAGAUUAAAAAUAUUUUGCACUUUUA